UGGCCAGGAUGGUCUCUAUCUCCUGACCUGUGAUCCGCCUGCCUCGGCCUCCCAAAGUGCUGGGAUUACAGGCGUGAGCCACUGAGCCCGGCCAGUCCACUCUGUUCUUUAACAAGUGUUUUAUUUCUCAGAGUGGGCAGCGUGUAGAGAAGUAAGUCAUUCCAGUCUCUGCCGGUUAGCACCUGCCAGCCUGAGUUGAGUCGACAGGACCAUUAUGGAGAAUGUUCCCUGAGCACAGUAUGUGACCAGGAUCUGGAGAUAAAAAAGACAUGAUCCUCACCUUCAGGAGCCCCUGCCGCAUAAGGAGACUGCCAUGUCAGUGACCAGCCACACGUGCAGCAACAAGUGUCUGGUAGAGGGAACAGUGCUAUACAGCACGGAGGACCCCCACACAGGCCCCGGGCAGCAGGCCUCAGGUGCUGUACAGCACGGAGGACCCCCACACAGGCCCCGGGCAGCAGGCCUCAGGUGCUGUACAGCACGGAGGACCCCCACACAGGCCCCGGGCAGUAGGGCCUCAGGUGCUGUACAGCACGGGAGGACUCCCCACACAGGCCCUCCCGGGCAGUAGGCCUCAGGUGCUGUACAGCACGGAGGACCCCCACACAGGCCCCGGGCAGCAGGUGUCAGGCUCAGCAGGUUCACAAACCCCCACCCCCGCCAUGGAGUGGAGUGUGCAGAGAGCCAGAUAGGUUUCUAACUGUCCCCUGGAGAGCUGCUGCUUCUCCAGCUCCGCCCUGCCCAUGAGGCAAACAGCUGGUCGACUGGUUUUUAGUGUUGGUUCUUGGUUCUCACCUUUGUUUCCUACCAGAGCUGGAUCCUGGCCUCAGACUCCAGCCAGCUUAGGCUGUGAUCCUCUGUCCUGGGCACCAGGGCUUCCCCUGCCCACCCCAGCAGAGAUGCUGCUUUAUGCCUGCAUCCUCCCUCAGCACAUGUGGCCUUCAUCUUCAGUUCUGUCGCCCACCUAAUCUGCCUCGUCCCACACGCCACCUCUAGAUAGAGCCCUAGAAAGUGAUGUUGGCCUGAAACUGAGUCAUAUAAACAUUUUCCUGUAGAAAAGACCAGAUCCUGUCCUUGUUGAGAUAGGAAAUCUGUAGUCAGUUUAUGUGUUACCUGCACUCGUGGGGGAGAGGAGGGAAGACCACGAACCUCCUCUUAACAAAGAGAAUUCAAGCACCAAGAGGAUGGUGGCCCUUGGCCUCCUGGUGCAGAGCAUCAGUCCCGCGCUGGGAGUGUGGAGAGAUGUGUGGGAAGCAAGCCGUUCUUGAGGAAGUGGGGUCCACAGAGAAGUCAGCAGCCCCUUAGCCCUCACGCUUCCAAGGAACGGAACGAUGGAGAAGCCUGCAGGCAGAAAAAAGAAGACGCCGACCCCGAGGGAGGAAGCAGAUGUGCAGAAGGGCAUACUCAGAGAGGAGAAGGCGUCCGGGGACAGAAAGCCACCCGAGAGGCCCACUGUGCCCGGGAAACCCCGCACAGAGCCCCGCCUGAGUCCUGAAGACGAAGAGCACAUCUUUGAUGCCUUCGACGCUUCAUUUAAAGAUGACUUUGAGGGGGUUCCCGUGUUCAUUCCUUUUCAGAGGAAGAAACCCUAUGAGUGCAGUGAGUGUGGGCGGAUGUUUAAGCACAAGACAGACCACAUUCGCCAUCAGAGGGUCCACACGGGAGAGAAGCCCUUCCAGUGUGUGCAGUGCGGGAAAGCCUUCCGGCACAGCUCCGACGUCACUAAACACCAGAGGACUCACACGGGAGAGAAGCCCUUCAAAUGCGGGGAGUGCGGGAAAGCCUUUAACUGCGGCUCCAAUCUCCUGAAACAUCAGAAGACGCACACCGGGGAGAAGCCCUACGAAUGCACGGACUGUGGGAAAGUCUUUGCAUACAGCUCCUGUCUCAUCCGCCAUCGGAAACGCCACCCUCGGAAGAAGCCCUGAGCUGGGGCCGUCUGUGGACUCAGGCCCUACAGUGUGAGCCUCACCGGCCACCUGCUCCGU